AUGGAACUAGGUUGGGAGAACUCUUACUCGGAAGGUUAUAGUCUAACUCAAGACUAUAAUGACGAAGUUACAGCUCUUACGGGUGAGAAUAAACCCCGCAUUUUACUCAUGGGACUGCGCAGGAGCGGCAAGUCAAGUAUCCAGCGUGUGGUUUUUCACAAGAUGUCACCACAUGAGACGUUAUUCCUGGAAGGCACGAACAGUCUUGAUAUCAAGUACAUUGCCAAUAACUCGUUUGUACAGUUCCAGAUUUGGGAUUUUCCUGGAGAUUAUGAUUUUAAAGAGGAUUUGGUCUACGGUGGACAACUUGUGAACGAAGAGAUGAUCUUUAGCAACUGUGGCUCUAUUGUGUUUGUUAUUGACGCGCAAGACGAGCCGUAUGCCGAGGCAUUAGCACGACUACACGAUACAGUCACACGCGCACACCGGUACAACCCCGACAUUCUGUUUGAGGUUUUUAUUCACAAGGUAGAUGGCGACCUUUUCCUAUCGGACGACCACAAGAUCGACUGCCAACGCGAGAUCCAGCAACAGAUUAUGGAUGAGAUUAAGGAUGGAGAGCUCGACAUCCACAUGAGCUUUUACCUGACUAGCAUCUACGACCACUCUAUUUUUGAGGCAUUUAGCAAGGUUGUGCAGAAGCUGAUUCCGCAAUUGCCAACGCUUGAGAAUCUUCUUAACAUCCUUAUUACGAGCUGCAAUAUGGAAAAGUCGUUCCUGUUUGAUGUUGUUAGCAAGGUUUACAUCGCGACGGACAGUAACCCCGUCGACAUGCAGUCGUACGAACUGUGUAGCGACAUGAUUGAUGUUGUCAUUGAUGUCUCUUGUAUUUAUGGAAUGAAAGAUGACGGUGAGGGUGAUGGUCUUGCAUACGAUUCCAAGUCAUCUUCAGUGAUCAAGCUCAACAACGGAAUGGUUCUUUACCUGCGCGAAGUGAACAAUUAUUUGGCCCUGGUGUGCCUGCUGCGUGCCGAAAAUUUUAUGAAGCAAGGAAUUAUCGACUACAACAUCGACUGCUUCAAGUCUGCGAUCGGCGACGUGUUCAAAGCACCAAAGACAAUCGAGUAG